AGUGCAGUUGGAUACUCACCGUUCAUUAAAUAUAGAUCCCUUGCUAAACAUCGCAUACUGUUUAAAGAAGAGGAUCAUCACACGGAUCAGAUCACAAAUGGACUUUGCUUUGAAACAGUAGCUGGCUAAAGAGACCCGAAGGAAAAGAGGCAGAGCAUAUUGGGACUAAACGUUCCAUAAUCAGCUGAUAUCAGAGUUUGAUUUUUCACAUUGAGUGAAAAAUCUUAGUCAUCUGUUCGUCUUCUCCAGUCUCAUCCCUCUGCCUGGCUGGGGUGAGAACAAGGGGGUCCAUGGAGAGAGCUUUAAAUGGCUGAGGAGCUGUGUACCGGCUGGUUUCGCAUUGUUGCAGGCUCCUUGGAGAUAGAGGAAUGCAAAUCUGCAACCAUGAUGGAAGGAUUGAAAAAACGUACCAGGAAGGCCUUCGGGAUACGGAAGAAAGAGAAGGACAAUGACUCCACGGGGUCCCCAGACAGAGACGGGGGUUCUCAGAAGAAGACCAAUGGGGCCCCUAAUGGCUUCUAUGAAGAUAUCGACUGGGACAGAUAUAAUUCCCCUGAGGUGGAUGAUGAGGGCUACAGCAUCAGACCUGAGGAGGAGUCAGAGGAGGGAGCGCCUAUCACCAAAAAGCCCCACUUCUUUUCCUCUGAUGAGUCGGAAGAAGAGGAGGACCACAGGAAAAAAUUCAAAAUCAAGAUCAAACCACUGCCGGCCAAUCGUGUAGUGUCGGUGCCCUCGGUCGACGAGCUCAAAGCCUCCAUAGGCAACAUAGCCCUGUCCCCGUCUCCUAUGAGGAGUCCGAGACGUAGUCCGGGUUUGAAAAGGAACACAUCCAGUGAGGAGAUUGCCAGACCGAGACGCGUCGUCCCUACUGUACCCACUGUGGCCCCCACACCAGCUCCAGCACCACAGCCCCCCAGCAGUCAACAAACACCUGUCUCUGAAGACACCACAGCCUUAUUUGGGCCUCCUCUGGAAACACCCUUUGGAGAACCAAAAACUGAAGUGGUUCUGUCUGAGUCCGAUGCGUGGGCAGUUCCUCUGUCAGAGCCUGAAUCCUCUUUGACAAGAUCCUUCCCUGCAGGAACUCCACCUCCACUCCCACCCAAGAACGUUCCGACCCCCCCCCCCCCAUCGACUGGCCCUCCCUCUACAGAAGACGCUGAAGUGUCAACAGAAGUAGACGGCUCCACCAGAAAGCCCUCAAUAGCUGACUUGGACAACAUUUUUGGACCAGAACAGGCUCCCCCUGCUGGCGAGGAUACAGGUGAAACGUGGGUCUGCUUCAGUGAAGAAUCUGCUGCCCGGCCGCCUCUACCAGAGGAACCUGCACCUCCACUACCAGCCUCCCCGCCUCCACCUGAAUCUCCUGCCCCACCCUUACCUACAUCACCACCUCCUCCAGAAGACCCAGCACCACCUCUCCCUACCUCCCCUCCCCCAAAAGAAGAACCUGUACCCCCUCUACCAACCUCCCCACCUCCCUCAGAGGAGCCUGCUGCACCUCCUGUCCACUCAGGUCCUCCUACACCUGAGGACCGAAAUCCGCUCACACUCGCCACAUCUCCACCGCCUGCACCACCAAAGGAGCUUGCGUCUCCUCCCGCUUCCUCUCCCCCUCCUCUCGACUCACCAGCCAGCAUCCCACCAGCCCCUGCUCCGAAAGCAAGGACUCCUCCUGCUGAGGAACCUGCAGCAAGCCCCGUCCCACCACCUCUUGUCCUGUCUCAAGAGGAGCAGUCCAAGAACACAGACGCCCCCCAACUCAAAGAGGACGGAGGUGAAACAGUCCCCUCGCCACAUGAUGCUAGCCAGGGUAGCCGGAGUACACCUCCCCCACCUCCUCCCCCCACAUACCGGGCUGUGGUGUCGUCACCGGGUCCCACAUCUGGAGCUGGUGGCACGAAUAGCGGUUCCUCCUCCCCGGUGCGACCUGCUACUCCUUCUUCAGUCAGCCCCACCCCACCACCACCUCCACCUCGCCCCCCUUCACGGCCCAAACUUCCUCCAGGGAAACCCACUGUAGGAGAUGCUAAUCGUCCAUUCAGUCCUCCGGUCCACUCUGCCAGCCCCCCUCCCAUCGCCCCAUUGGCACGGGCCGAAAGCACCUCCUCCAUCUCCUCAACAAACUCCAUGAGUGCCGCCACCACCCCCACCGUCGGUAAAGAGCUCUCCGUGUCCGUGUCAGAAGACGAUGCUUAUGUAGACAAACUACCCACCUUUGAGAGACACUUUGAUUCAUUUGCAGAGAAUGACCAGCCAUCCCUUGUAUGGUUUGACAGAGGGAAGUUUUAUUUAACCUUUGAAGGCUGCUCCAGAGGGCCCAGUCCUCUCACCAUGGGGGCUCAGGAUACUCUUCCUGUGGCGGCUGCAUUCACAGAGACGGUCAACGCCUUCUUUAAAGGAGCUGAUCCCAGCAAGUGUGUUGUGAAGAUCAUAGGUGAGAUGGUUUUGUCGUUUCCAGCAGGAAUCACGCGGCACUUUGCCAAUAACCCGUCCCCCGCCGUGCUAACCUUCAGCAUAACCAACUACAGCCGACUGGAGCAUGUGCUACCUAACCCCCUGCUCCUCUGCUGCGACACCACCACACAACCCAAGGCCGAUGCCAAGGACUUCUGGGUGAACAUGCCAAACCUGAUAUCACAUUUAAAGAAGGUGGCAGAGCAGAAGCCACAGGCAACAUACUACAACGUGGACAUGCUCAAGUAUCAAGUGUCGGCGGAGGGCCUUCAAUCGAUUCCUCUGAAUCUAGCGGUGAGCUGGAGGUGUGAGCCGACCAGCACUGACCUGCGGAUAGACUACAAGUACAACGGGGAGGCCAUGACGAUGCCGAUGGCCCUCAACAACGUCCAGUUUCUCGUCCCCGUCGAUGGAGGGGUUUCGAAACUACAGGCAGUCUUACCUCCUGCUGCAUGGAAUGCAGAGCAGCAAAGAAUCCUUUGGAAGAUUCCUGAUAUCUCACAGAAAUCUGAAAACGGAGGUGUGGGGUCAUUGUUAGCACGCUUUCAGCUAACAGAAGGCCCCAGUAAACCAGCUCCACUGGCAGUGCAGUUCACCAGUGAGGGCAGCACUUUGUCAGGCUGUGACAUUGAACUGGCUGGGCCAGGAUACCGCUUCUCUCUCAUCAAGAAGAGGUUUGCCGCAGGAAAAUACCUGGCCGACAACUAACCCAUGCUACUGAGAGCAGCAGUGUUGAACAAAACAAUCGCAGUGGACUGAGGUUGACACCGAGGACAGAGGACAAACCAACACCAGGCAGACUUUCCAUUAACCUUUUCUGAACCCACACGACAGGUCCGCAGCCUACCCAGCAGUAUUGUAUAACUUGCAUAUAGCAUCGUGGAGCUGUUUUAGGUCAUGUAAUUAUCGUAUUUGUAUUCAUUUCAUAACAUCCGUAUUGCUGCAGUUAGACACCUGGGUUCUUCCUCCCUCUAAAGUCUGUGCCUCUGUCUCCAUCAUCCUUGGGUCAAUGUGUGGUGGUGUUUUUGUUUAUAAAAGUUUCACUGCAGCUGCCUGACCGAAGACAAGGACAGAAAGCGUUUCGGACAGAUUUGAACUCUGGAUGACUAUUUGUUGUCUAGAGAUUUGGCAGUAAAAACAAAAAAACAACCUUGAAUAUGAUCUUAGUGGUCAGACACACACCUCAACCUCUGACAGGUCCAAAGUUAGACUACUUAAAGUUGAAGCAUGGCCCAGGACAAUUCAUAACAAGUUUUACAUCAUUAGCAGAUUUAAAAAAUAAAUAAAUCAGCUCUGUAAAUAAUCCUUCCAUCAGAGUCUAAGCUCAAAGCCAGAGACAGCUGGCUUCACUGUCUCGCUCUGAUGGCGGCCAUUUGCCAGCAAGUAAAAGCAUUUAAUGAAGCGUUUCGACUCAUGCUGUCGCAAAGAGUUAAAUGAAAGAUGUUUCUUGUUGCUUGUUUGCGAUCGAGUGCAACACAGGAUCGAGUAACUACAAAAAUACUAGGUUUUCAUGCAUCACCUACUGGUACUACAGGGUCACAUGACUUUGGAUCACAUCCUUUUUAAUAUAAAUGCACUGAUCAGUCAAUCAAUCUGUUAUUUUAUUUCUCUGGAAUAUAGAGACAUGGAGAGAGUUUUUAGCCAGUUAGGCAGCUGCAAUGAUAAAUCAAUGUACUGGUUGCAAAAUAAGAAAAUAACGUUUUCCCGUCAGAACAAAAGAAGUGUACAGUGUCAUUUUAAAUCAAUAAUAUAUAUCUUAAAGGGCGUUUGGUGUUUUCCUCGUAUUGUCAGAUAGCCUUUCUGUUGUUCCCAGGACAGCAGUGAUAGACUCCAGAGUACAUGACAGCAUUCUAUUUUUAUUUAUUGAUGACGAUGAUUUGUUGUAUAAAACGUGAUUGUGUAUACGAAUAGAAUUUGAAUGGUAUCACACAACUCAGAACCCUUAAAGGUAUAAAUAUUUGAACUCUUUUUUUUUUUUUUUUUUGUUAUCUGUGUAGUUGGGUAACCUGUGUACAGUAUAAGGUAUAAUUUUUGAAUUUAUUUCAGAUAUAAUUUUUUAACUCAAGUGCAACAGAAGAUUUGAGCUAUAUAUGGGUGGGUGGGGUAAUUUAAAGAAAAAGAUAAAUAUCUUCCUGGAUGCUGUGUUAUGCUUUGUGAAAGCAGUGUUAAUGUAGAGUUAGCUGUACCAUGGGCAAGGUCCACACUUUGAACAGCUAGUUUGACAUUUUGGGAAACGGGCUUCUUGGUUUUCUUUUUUCGAGUUGUUAGAGGAGAUGAUCAAUAUCACUUAUAUCUGUCCGUUCUGUUCUACAUGAGGUUGGAGCCAGGAGACGUUAGCUUAGCAUAAAGACUGGAAACAGCUAGUGCGGCUCUGUCUGAGGGUAAGAAAUCUGCUUACCAGCAUUUCUAGGGUUCCCUAAUUAACACAUUACGUCAAAAUGUCAAGUUGAUGUUUUUACGGGGGGUUGAUGGGAUAUAACAUGUUCAUUUUUUGAGCUGUUGUGAUGGGGUAGCCAGACGUAAAGUGGCACCAAUCUUCUCUUUUAAUUCUCGGCAAGAAAAUGAGUCAGCAUGUUUCCCAAAUUGUUUAACUUGUCCUUUUAAUAAAGUCAAGACGAUGACAACAAAAGCAAUCAGGUUUCAUCAACAGCAGUGAUGAAGUUUAGUGACCGUGGUACCACUACUGGAGUAGGAUUUGUUUACUGGGACCAUCUUUUUUUGUUUGUUUGUUUGUUUUUUAAUUCAAACCUCAUAAAACAGAAAGAAAACACUCUUGUAUUAAUCCAGCAUUCUCAGUUCCCACAUCUACUGAUUGAGUUAUUCCUCAACUUUGACCACGUGUCUGACCUGUUUUCUUACCCAUUUCCAUUCACCUCAGUGGUACUUUAACUCCCUGACUGUAUCAUGAGCACACCCCGAUCAUCCAACCAGCGCUUGAAUCCAUGGCUUUAUUUUGCAUAAUCGUAAUGGUCUCUGUGAGAUGACAUGAGUUGAAUGAGGUUGUGGAGCAAGGUUAAGUUGACCAAAAUGCUUUUCUUUUCUUUUUUGUAUUUUAUGUGUGUGUACCCCGGACAGUCAGUCCUCUGUUAAGGAGAAUAAGCUGAAUAUUUUUAAAACGGAUAAAAGUGAAAAAAUAUUAUAUUGUUUAAUGUGUAAAAAACACUGUGCUGAUGAUGUUGAACUUCCUGAAUGCUCUGACACUCAACAUGAAGAACAAAAAGUGUGUGUGAAGUGUAGCCGAAGAUCUCUGUACUGUACUGUAUGUCGGCAUUCUGCUAAAUGCAACCAAUCAUGGUCCUUUCAGAGCUGUCGUAGAAGCAUCUUAGGCUGAAUUUAGGACUUUAAGACUUAUUAGCGACAUGUCGAUAUUCCUCUUCAAUGAUAGUGAGUACUUUUGAUCUGACAUACUUUUAACAUAUGUGGUUAUUUGGCUAAUAAAAAGACCAGACUCGAGCUGUGCAGUUUAAAUAGAAAUCUUGUUUUUAACCAGAUUUACCAGAUUUAUUCCUGUGCAGACUCGGUCUAAAGGAGCAUUGUGGAUUACUCUGAGGUUGCAUUUCAUUUGUUAAUGCAAGGUGAUGAUGAUUGGUGCCAUUUAGCUCCCACAUUAGGUUGGUAACAUUUUUCUUUCAGUCACGUUCGUCCUUCCAUGAUCCUGUGGUCAACUGGAUGGAUUAACAUGGCUGAAGGGAAGCUGUAACCUGCUGAGUGAACCUUGAAACUAUCAGUGCAACAGUCACUACAGCAUUAUCUAUAGAGGCCCACCAAACACAUUCCCCAUCAUGCAUCUGUUUUAAAUUACCAGUACACUACAGAUUACAUGUCUUUCAGCUCGAAAGUCAUGCUGCCGUACAAAACUGACUCUCAGUCUGUUAGUUGCCAGUUUAUUCUUUGUAUCUCGUUAAAAAAAAUUAAACACAACUUGUAUUUUCCAGAUCUUCAUCUCUGUGGUGAAUUCGCCUGCAGUAAUUCAUUAUUGCAUGCAGAGCAUGUAGUAAAAGGUGGGGCAUCUGUGAUGAUAGAUAGUACUGAAAUGACGUGUUGUGCUGAGUGUCAGUUACCUGUAUUAAUGUUGAGAAGAGAGCAGGGAGUGUGUUUAUGUGUGCUAUACGCCAGAAUGCUUUUUGGUUCUGUACCGUUAACCUCAAACACAUGUGCAAGCUGUUUGUACAGUACAUAACAAUGCUAAGAUGAACUGAGAAACUUAGUUUGCUUCUUUCCAAAACCAAUAAAAGUUAUAACUGGA